UCCAGACUCUCUCUAUUUCCAUCCCUCUCUAUCUGUCAAUCAGCGCCGCCUUUGAACUGAAAACCACUCCGACCAACUUCAACUCCUCAAUCCGAGCGGCUCAGCUCCAUCUCCGGCUUCUUUUUCUGCCAAGAUUCCCCUCUUUUGAGUUUGUACUAACCGCCAGUGCUUGGAAAACGCCAAUACAGACCCUAAACUUAAACUCGGAUCCGGGAUCACUAAGAUCAAGGGUUUAAAACUUUGUGUUUUUGCCCCCAAAAUUGCUCGGGAAAAAUGCCGCAGCUCAACGGCGGUGGAGGGGACGAUUUGGGUGCGAACGAUGAAAUGAUUUCCUUCAAAGACGAAGGGGAACAGGAGGAAAAAAUUUCGGAGAACUCUUCUGCAGAAAGGGAUUUAGCAGACGUCAAAUCUUCUCUUGUAAACGAAUCAGAAACGAAUCAAAACAGCUCGUCAGAUUCAGAGGCGGAAAGACGGCCUCCGCCUAGAUCUGAAACUUUCAGAGACAAAACAAGAGAAAGUUUAGAGGAGGCUGCGAAGCGGCAAGAUGGAGGGCUGUUCAAGAGCCCACCGUACCCGGGCUAUCCGUUUAUAAUGAUCCCUGAUCUCACGAGCCCGUACCUCCCGAACGGAUCACUUUCUCCAACAGCACGCACAUACCUGCAGAUGAAAUGGCCGCUGCUGGACGUCCAGGCCGGAGGCCUCCAGAGCAGACAAGCCCUCAAAGACGCUCGCUCCCCCUCGCCCGCACACAUCGUGGGCCCCUUCUGCUUGGAGCUGGCUGGACAGACAGAUCUCAGCCUACACCAAUUUCAGUUGGUGAGCACCCCAUCAUUCCGUCUCCUAGCAACCUCAUGA